AUGGUUCACGGCAAGCCUCGGCACCCUCAGUGUCAAGGAUCUGUUGAACGGCUGAACUGUGAUGUGAAAGAUAUGCUGAUUGCAUGGCUAGGUGAUAACAACUCAACAGAUUGGCCUAUGGGACUGCGAUUUGUUCAGUUCCAGAAAAACUGCAGUUAUCAUUCCAGCAUCAAGCAGACACCAUACAAGGCCUUAUUCGGUACUGGUGCAUGGAUUGGAUUGUGUACAUGUGCCAUACCCACUGAAAUCCUGGAAUGCAUGGUGUCUGAGGAGGAUCUCAUUGCGGCAUAUGCUACAACAGACAGUUCGUCAAACACUGAUGCUGCAGAAUCGAGUGGAACUGAACAGACCACAGUCAACGUCGCCAAUGACAUUCCCGAAUCCAUGUUAUCUGAUGGUCAGAUGGCGCAAGCAGAACGCAUGGUCAAACGAAGCCGUGUGGAGCAUGUUGCUGGUAACCCAGGAGACAACGUGACCAUUCCUAUCCCUUUGGAUAAUUACCAAAAGAUAGCGAUUCAGCUCAUCAACGAAACGGGUGUCUCGCUCAAGAUAAGUGACAUACACUUUGUCUCAUGA